AUGGAUAGGAGUUGGAUGAACUUGCCCGAUAGACUUCGAAGUCCUGCAUAUGCCGAAGGGGUGAACCACUUCCUCACACUAGCACGAAGCCAUGCUAUGGGAAGUGACCGAAUCCGGUGUCCUUGUCGGCUAUGCUCUAAUAAUUUAUUCUUGCCUUUCAGAGAGGUGGAGACUCACCUGUUCAUUAAAGGGUUCAACCCUACUUACACCCAAUGGAUAUUUCAUGGGGAGGAGGAAACUCGCCCUUUGAUUGAUGUCGAUUCCGAUCCCGAUCUCACUGAUGAGGAUGAAUACAUCGAUGACAUGGACCAUAUGUUAGAUGACGUAUGGGCAGGGACAUUCCAUAAUGUCCCUCAAGGUAGCCAAGGUGACGCUAUUCCAACAACUUCACACCCUGCCGUACCAGAAACUUCAUGUAAACCUUCUUUUGAUCAGCUACUAGAGGAUGCCCGACGUCCACUUUUUACGGGGUGUACAAAAUUUAGCAAACUCUCAUUCGUUGUCAAGUUGCUACACAUCAAAACCCUUGGUGGUUGGUCAAUUAAGUCAUUUGACCAGUUGCUUAACUUGUUGCGGGCUGCCUUUCCUGAUGCUGCAUGCCCAUCGUCAUAUGAAGAAGCACGGUCAUUGGAGAGAGGGUUGGGGUUCAAGUACCACAAAAUUCACGCAUGCCCAAACGACUGUAUAUUAUUCUGGAAGGAAAAUGCUGAUAAGAAUGAAUGUCCCGUUUGUAAGGCUUCAAGGUGGAUGUCAACUACACAUGGGACACGAGUUAUUCCUCAAAAGGUGUUGCGUCAUUUCCCGUUGGUUCCAAGACUGCAGCGGUUAUAUAUGUCUACAAAGAUAUCCACUGAUAUGCGAUGGCAUAAAGACCAACGAGUCACAACUGAUACCAUUAUGAGGCAUCCAGCAGACUCUGAGUCUUGGAAGACAUUUGAUAAAGACCAUAGUUGGUUUGCUGGGGACGCUCGCAAUGUGAGGCUCGGUUUGGCCAGUGACGGUUUCAACCCCUUCAACAAUUUAGCAAAACCGUAUAGCAUUUGGCCAGUUAUCCUCGUGCUGUAUAACUUGCCUCCUUGGUCAUGCAUGAAAGACCAAUUCUUCAUGACAUCCCUACUUAUUCCUGGUCCUAAAUCACCAGGUAAUGACAUUGACGUUUACUUGCAGCCAUUGGUUGAUGAAUUGGUUGAACUUUGGGAGCAUGGGGUGCCUACAUAUGAUGCCUCCACUAAAGGGACGUUUACGUUGCAUGCUGCUUUGAUGUGGACAAUCAAUGAUUUCCCUGCCUACGGUAAUCUCUCUGGGUGGUCAACUAAAGGAAAAUUGGCAUGUCCUUCUUGUAAUGCCAAUACAGAAUCAAAUUGGUUGAAGUUUGGGAGGAAACAGUGUUAUAUGGGACACCGUCGAUUCUUACCGCCAGACCACAUAUGGAGAUCGAAGAAAGGGUUGUUUAAUGGUAAAGAAGAUCACCGUAUUCCACCAAGGGUGUUAUCUGGAUCAGACAUUGUCAGUCAACUACAUAUGGUUGGGGAUGUGCAAUUUGGUAAAUCCCGUAGAAAGAGAAAACGCACUUCGGAAGAGUUGAAUUGGACAAAGAUUAGCAUAUUCUUCAAGUUACCUUAUUGGUCAACUCUUUUGAUUCGGCACAAUUUGGAUGUUAUGCAUAUUGAAAAGAACAUUUGUGAUAACAUCUUUGGUACUUUAUUGAACAUUCCUGGCAAAACCAAAGAUAACAUCAAUGCACGACGUGACCUGGAGAUUUUGGGUAUGCGGAAGGAAUUACAUUUGAGGCAUGCAGGUGAGAAGUUUACGCUGCCACCUGCAAUGUACACACUCCACGGAGAUGAAAGGAAUAAAUUUGGUGAAUGGUUGGCAGAGGUUAAGUUCCCUGAUGGGUUUGCUUCCAAUAUUGCCCGUUGUGUUUCCGUACGUGAUUGCAAAAUAUCAGGGUUUAAAAGCCAUGAUUGUCAUGUUUUCUUGCAACGCCUACUUCCUAUCGCAGUUGGGGGGUUCUUACGACCUGACAUUGCCUUGGCUUUGACUGAGCUCAGCAGUUUCUUCAAAAAGUUGUGUUCCCGAACUUUUGAUAUAACUCACCUAUCCCAGCUUCAAAGUGAUAUUGUCAUCAUCCUAUGUAAGUUGGAGAUGAUAUUCCCUCCAUCCUUUUUUGACGUAAUGAUCCACCUAGCUAUUCAUUUACCCCGUGAGGCUAUACUUGGGGGUCCAGUACAAUAUAGAUGGAUGUAUCCAUUUGAGAGGUAUCUCGGCAAAUUCAAGCGGUAUGUCAAGAAUAAAGCACGACCAGAAGGUUCAAUAGCUGAAGCAUAUAUUCACCUUGAAUGCCUAACUUUUUGCUCAAUGUACCUUCAAGACGUUGAGACAAAGUUCACUCGAGUUGAUCGCAACAUUGAUGGCGGAGGAGAGGACACCAUAGAUGGUUUCUCAAUUUUCAAUCAACAUGUUCGUCCCUUGGGCGUAGCAUCUAAUGUGAAAUUAGAUGAUAAACUCCUUAGCUCAGCUCGAUGGUACAUUCUUAACAACUGCGUAGAGAUUCAACCCUACAUAGAUGAGCACUACGAGAAGUGUAAGUUGCAUACGCCAAAUUCUUGUGAUCGCAUGCACAAGAAUGAGUUUCCAACUUGGUUCAAGAAACGUGUUCAAGACCAACGUAUAGUCAACCCGCAAGAUGUUUCCGCAGAUCUAUAUGCAUUAGCUUGCGGUCCUGACCUUUGGGUUGCAACAUAUUCUGCUUGCAUUAUAAAUGGGAAAAGGUUCCAUUCAAAACAACAUGAACCAUGGCGAUGGACACAAAAUUCUGGUGUUGUUGUAAAGGGGGAAAAUUUGCCUAAUAAUCUAGACUUCUAUGGUGUUAUAAAUGAAGUCCUGGAGUUACGCUAUAUGGGAGGGCGUCACGUUUACUUGUUUAGUUGUGAUUGGUUUGACGUUAGUGAUCAAAGACGGGGGGUCCGAGUGGACGUCCAUAUGACUAGUGUCAACAUGUCACGCACUUGGUAUAAAGACGAGCCAUUUGUGUUGGCAUGCCAAGCUUCCCAAUGUUAUUAUGUAAAAGAUUUAUGGUUGAAAGGGAAUUGGUAUGUUGUUGAGAAGUUCACAAAUAGGAAUGUUUACGACAUUCCACCAAUACCGAGGGCAUUGGGUGAUAAUGAUGUCGAAUCAAGUGACGAUGAUGCCUAUCAAGAUGAUGUUCCAUCAUAUGAGUAUGCUCCUAUGCAUUGUGAUGAUGAUCCAGUCAUAACUCCACUAAGUAGGACUGAUAUAGAACCUAUAAGUAUUGAUGCCCCAGAAGCUAUGCAUUUGGGCCGUGACGAUCAGAAUACCAGAGAUCUCAUUAACAAUGAGGCCUUUGCUUACGCUUCAGAAGAUGGUUAUGGCGAUGGGGAAUAUUCAGACGAGGAAUAUUUCUCGACAGAUGAAGAGUCAAUGUCGAAUUAG